CCUAUUUUAAUUAAUAUUGGUACUAUUGGAAACUUGAUGUCUAUUUUGGUUUUAACCAGAUCUAACAUGAGGAAGUCGAGGGUAUCUAUAUAUUUAACAGUACUGUCCUCGUGUGAUAUUUUAGUGUUAUAUACAGGCCUUCUAAGACAAGUUAUAAUGUACCAUACCAACUCUGAUGUUCGCAUAUUAAGUGACUUUUCAUGUAAAAUUAAUACCGUGGACUUUUCAGUUUGGAUAUUGGUAGCUGUUACUGUUGAACGCAUUGUAUCAGUCUGGUUUCCGCACCACGUUCGUCACACCUGUACUGUUAAAUCAUCUACUGUUACAUUGGUAAUUAUUUCUAUGGUA